AUGCCAGGGGAGUUGAGCCAGCAACUAUCUUGAGCCUGGGCAGCGACUGGAAUCUUCCUAGGCUGGGCCCCAGGGACAUUAACUCUUUGUGGUGCCCUUGAGGAGAGCAGUGACCACCAAUAUGUCAGUACCAGUGUGCAAGGUGCCUACGGUUGAGACGGACAAACAGUGAUGUGGAAAUGUACCAUUUGAGAAGACUACGGUGAUGUGGAAAUGUACCAUUUGAGAAGGCCUCCCUUUGUUCUCCUACAGUGCACCAAUUCUUUUUCUCAACUCACUCCAAGAUCAGGACUCUCAGCUGUCCUCCCAGGCUUCUGCGACAGCUGAGGAGUGUGCAGAGGAGGGGACUUGGGGGUCCAGGCUGUGCUGGUCACACCCUCAUCGCAGCACUCUUGGGCCCAGGCUCCAGGCCCUCCCCCAGAGGCUUUGCACUAUUUUGGGUGGUGUAGACCCCGCCCCCACUCUGACUGAGUCCUGGCUCUCCCUCCAGCUGAAGGGGUCGCGCGUUGAUCUUGUUGGGGCUCCGCUUGGGAUCAGGGCUGCCAGUCGCAACCAGAGUCAUGUCGGGCCGCACAGUGCCACAUGCCCACCCAGCCACUGCUGAGUAUGAAUUUGCCAACCCCAGCCGCCUGGGUGAGCAGCGCUUCGGAGAAGGCCUCCUACCAGAAGAGAUCCUGACUCCCACCCUCUACCAUGGCUACUAUGUCCGGCCUCGGGCCUCCAGAGCUGGGGAGGGCAGUAGGGCAGGGGCCUCAGAGCUCAGGCUCAGCGAGGGCAAGUUCCAGGCAUUUCUGGAUGUGAGCCACUUUACCCCAGACGAGGUGACCGUGAGAACUGUGGACAACUUGCUGGAGGUGUCAGCCCGGCACCCCCAGCGUCUGGACCGCCAUGGCUUCGUGUCCCGAGAGUUCUGUCGCACCUAUGUCCUGCCAGCAGAUGUAGACCCCUGGCGGGUCCGAGCUGCCCUCUCCCAUGAUGGUAUCCUUAACUUGGAGGCGCCUCGGGGUGGCCGGCAUUUGGACACGGAAGUCAAUGAGGUCUACAUCUCCCUGCUCCCUGCGCCUCCUGACCCAGAGGAAGAGGAAGAGGUAGCCAGAGUUGAGUCCUGACUGCCCGCGGUAGACCCAGCACCCAGUGAAUCUCCUGUCUACAUCCCACGGUGAUUCCAGAAGUCCGCCACCCCAGAGGUAGCAGCGUCCUCGAGGGGGACAGGAUAGAUGCAUGGUCCACAGUGUAUGGUUUGGUCCCUUGAUGUAUCAUAGCCUUUGAUUUAGUUCUGGGUGGAGCUGAAUAAACCCAAUUCUUGGGGC